UCCUGGAAACGCCAUGUAACGUCUUUCUGGACGCACAGUACUGAUGUGACGGAUCCGGUCGCAGGUCGAGAAAAGAGGAACGAUAAAGCACUGAGAAAGGAAUUAUGAGAGCCAUGACCAUAAAGGAGUUUAUAAUUAAUGCUUCUUCUCUACCAUUUUGCCUGAUUUGACUUUAUUUUAUCACCCAACUCUCCGAUUGUGGACUGUGGACAUGGAAAAAACGCAAAGUCCAAGGACGGAUCAACCCUAUAAAACUGGACACGAACCCAUCCGCUUCGGCAUCGAACAAAUCCUCGCAUCCUCUGACCCGGAGGGUGGUCGUCCGCACAGGACCUGUACUAGCUCGGAAAGCAGUACGGAGAGUAGUGUCCUAGGGAGCCUUACCGGAACCACCGCAGCGCCUAGAACUGCACUGCCCGCAACAGUACCGGCUUUUACAGGCUGUUUGGAGGACUCUGGAUUGUACGCAGUGAACAGGACUCUGGUACACCGUGGGGUGAUUCGGGUACCAGCUCACAGACCGCUGGCUGCCGCCAUACCGCCGCCUAUGGUGAGCGCAGCGCCGGCUUUUGGGGCACUCUGCUUCCCUUGGGUGGAUAAUAAUCGUAGGUUCGCCAAAGACAGAUUACCAGCUCUCGUUCCCUUUACCGUCGCUCGGCGUAUAGGACACCCCUACCAGAACCGCACACCCCCAAAACGGAAAAAGCCACGCACGUCCUUUUCCCGCAUGCAGAUCUGUGAACUUGAGAAGCGGUUCCACCGACAGAAGUAUCUGGCCAGCGCUGAACGGGCAGCCCUCGCCAAGACGCUGAAAAUGACUGACGCUCAAGUCAAAACGUGGUUCCAGAACCGCAGAACGAAGUGGAGGCGACAGACAGCUGAAGAGAGGGAGGCGGAGCGCCAACAGGCCAAUCGGAUGCUUCUCCAGCUGCAGGCAGAUGUGCUUCAGAAAUCCAUCGGUGAAGACCCCCUCUGCGUGCAUAACUCCUCCCUCUACGCCCUGCAGAAUUUGCAGCCGUGGACUCAGAAUAAAGCAGGCAAAAUGCCCGCCACUGCUUCACUGGCUUGAAGUCUCAUCAGAGGUGCUGCUGCGACCGAGAGGAGGGGCUGCCCUGGGGCCGGCAAGGCCGUAAAAACACGAGAAUGCGGUUGUAGGAACAGAUCCUGUUAGCUACCAAUGACAUGCAUGCGGGAAAUCUCAGAAACAAACUAUUUGGAAAUCAUCAAGUCUGCACAGAUUUGUAAGAAAACUGUUAUUAAAUGUGUUUGAAUGAUUUAUUCCAUGAGUUGGGGAGGAGUGCAAUUGGAAGGCUUUGAUUAGUAUUGCAUCAAAAUAUGCAUCAGGAAACUUUGCUACCUGUAAAUGUUUCAUAUAGACAUUUUAUACUGAUCUAAAAUCAGAUCCCCUUAUAUAUAUAAUAAUGAUAAAGGACCAGUGUCAUCAUAUAUAUGAGGUUCUGACCUGAUCUUUUGCACAAAGACACUAAAUUAUUCUAGUUAGAAACCUCUGUGACAUGGUCAUGAACCCCCUUUGAAAAUCACUUUUAUCAGUAGUAUUACGUCUAUGAAAUUCCUACUCGAUGGAAAUCUCCAAGCCUUCAAACAGAGAAGCAGAAUUGCUGAUAUAAAAAUAACUCAACAAGGUUUAUGUUAAUAAGAUUUCCCAUGGUGAACAGCAAGUAAAAAUAAUCAAGUGUAACAUUCAACCCUUCUAACCUUUCACAGAGGCAAGCAAACAAAAAAGAACAAUGUCCAAACAGCCCUGCAAAGCUUAUCAUCCAUUGUUUUGUUCGUCUGCAAAAGCUCUUGUCCCAGUGUUGGUUGCAGCUUUUUGAAUUGUGAAAUAUCCAGUUACAUGCUUGGUUUUCUGUAUAAAUGAAAACAGUGAACAUUUCUACUCACCUAAAACAACUAGAAGCUUUCUCAUUUCUUUUCCUAAAGUUUAUAUAUGUUUGAUGACCAUAAAGGCAAGUGCUAGUCCACGUGUUGUGGCCUACACCUUGGUUCACUUCAUGGCUACUGUAAGAGAAGAACACUGGCAUGUGGAAAUUAUGGAGCAAGGCCAAAGAAUGACCCGAUCGCUGGAAAUGACGUACACUUGGGAUACAAAAGAUGUUUGUGGAAAAACUGCUGAACACUCUUUUUCCUGGGAUUCUUUUGUCCCAGACAAGGUGUACAUCGUGGAUCGGUUUUCCUCCCACAGGUUAUGCCUAGCUGACGACAAUUUCAGCAUUAACUGAUGGUCCUUUUUAGUUCCGCACUAGGAUUACUGUGCAAUGUAAAUGCAUGGAAUGUGGGUGAAAAAAUGCCUAUAUGUAGAUCUGCAAAAUGUAAACUAAAAUUCAUCAUUAUUAAUAACGUUGAUCUCUCCUAAGAUGUUUUGACAAAUGUUUAUCUGGUGUGACAAAUUUAUAAUUUAAGCAAAGUAGUUGUAAAAUAUACAAAACGAUCAGUGUUUUUCUUUGAAAUUUAUUAUUGUUAAAUAUCACUUUUUACAGCAACAAGAAAGCCUGUUUCCAGUCUCUGUCUGCCUGCAUGUCGGUCUGUCUGUCUCUCAUUUCCCUCAGUCUGCAGUACAAUCAAAGAUUUUCAGCAAACUGCCAAGUCCAUUUAUUAACUGUUACAUCAGCUGUGAACAUAAAUCAUCACUCAAAACAUGGUGUGUAAGCAGAAUGCAGGGAGAAGGAAAAAUGGUCUGAGGUGUUCCCUCUUCCAUGCUCUGUUCAUUCCUGUCACAGUGAGUGGACAUAUGGCUGCAUGUAUUGUGCGCUACUCUGUUUUGAUGAAGAACCCAUUGCGUAUUGAUAAUCAUCACCAGAUCUCCUCUGAGAGAUUUAGAAUCAGUUGUUCAGAAGUCAUCUGGAUACAGUUAAACGAGUUUCACUGUGGAACUGUGAAGUGCACUUCAGUGCACUGAAUUGUUCUCACCACAGCGCUAGUCCGUUAGUCCCUGAUGGGAGAGUUGACUCUGCUGCUCCAAAGAGUGACGGUUCUUGCCUAGAAAUCAAGGCUAGUGCUUCAGCUGCUAAUUUUUGCUGUUUCUGUUUUAAAACCCCUUUUCACAGUUCUUGGAGCAGUAAUCUAUUAUUUAGAGUGGAAUACUUGUUUAAACCAGCAAUAAACUAUAUUUAUUACUGGUCAAUAUCUAUAUUGAUCUGAAUAGGUUGUGUUGAGUUUGCUUAGCCUGCUGUGGAAUACAUUUUCAUACCAAAUCUGACAUACUGAUCUGGUCUGAAUCUGACAAAUCUCAAAUAUUAUAAUGCAUUCUAAUUAUAUUAUAAUAUGAGAAUUUAAUACAUAACAAAUAUUUUACUAAAAGUACACUGAGGGCAGUAAAGCCAUGGCUUCUUUUGUCACCACAAUCAUUAUAACCAAUCUGGGUAAUUCAUCUAGCUAAUUACAAUGUUAACAUAAUUCAGCAGUCAUUGUGAAGCAGUCAAAAUGAAACAAUGGCUUACUUAUCCUGGUUCAUAACUUGAAUCUCUGUUUUUCUCAAGUUCAGGUCUUUCUGGAGGUGAGCAGUCUGUUGCCGCUGUAAAACUUGCAACCCCCCCCCAAUCUCUGCUUACCUACAUCACAGUGUGUGGAGGUAUGGCUAUGUUGUUACUGAGCAGUACCAAUAUUUGGUAGUUCACAGCUUUCAUGCAAUAAAACAGAAAACAUACCCACAGAACAACAUUUAGAAUUAGUACAACUACUAUAAUGUGGCAGGACGCUAUAGUAUAAAGCGCACACAGUGACUGGUAACUAAUUGUCAAUGAGUCCCGUCUAUCAAAUGUGAGAGACCACUGAAUUAGGUAGAUGGGCCUUGCCAAAACACACUCCCUCUCUAACUGAUAAUGUCAGACAGAAUGACAGACAGACAGACCAAUCUGGCAACAGAGGUGUCUCGACCUAGGGGCAAACAUGCACUGACAUAUAUGUAACAUAAUUAUACU